AUGGCAUCCAUGAGAGGGCGAACCCUGGCCCGAGCCCUGCGCUCAAAUAAACCAAUAACCCCAAUGACAAGCUCAUUCCAACCCGCCACAAAAAUCAACCAACCACUCCAAUCCCGCACGCACACCUCCGUCUCAGCCGACGAGCUCUCCCACUUCUCAGGCCUAGCAAGCUCCUGGUGGGAUCCAAUGGGCCCCUCUAGAAUCCUGCACCUUAUGAACCCCCUCCGCCACGAAUUCAUCGCCUCCUGCCUAUCCGAAGGAACAACCGAAGCAAACCCAAACCCCACCUCCGCAAAUCUCCACUACCUAGACAUCGGCUGCGGCGGCGGUAUCUUCGCCGAGUCUCUAGCUCGAACAAUCCCCUCUAUACCACAAGCGCAAGCCCCUACCCCGACCAGAGCGGCUUCAAUGACAGCAGUCGAUCCCUCAACGGACUUGAUUAACAUGGCUCGCGAGCAUGCGCGCAUGGACCCGGCUGUCCACGCCCAUCUACAGGAUGGCCGCUUCAGAUACCUUAAUACAACGCUGGAAGACGUGCUCGAGUCGAAGACUGGUCCUGUUGGUUCUUCGGAGGCGCAGUAUGAUGUUGUGUCGCUCUUCGAGGUGCUCGAACACAUUGAUCCGAAGACUAGUUCACCGCUGGGAUUCUUGAGUAAUUGUCUUCGGGCUCUUAAGCCUGGUGGUUGGUUGGUUGGGUCUACGAUCUCGAGAACGUUCCCUUCCUGGAUUCUGAAUCAGGUUAUUGCUGAGGCGCCGUGGCCCAUUGGUGUUGUGCCGCGUGGUACGCAUGAGUGGAGUAAGUUUGUGAAUCCGCCUGAGGUCAAGGGGUGGUUGCAAGAAGGGUUGAUGAGGGCUGCGGAUACUGCCACUGUCCGUGGGGGUGCGGAGCAGGUCAAGGGGAUGCAGUGGAAGUGUGUUGGGGCGAUCUAUAUUCCUGGAUUUGGGUGGAAGAUGGUGCCUGGGACUGAGGAUUAUGGAAACUACUUCUGGGCAGUGAGGAAAGGUGUCUGA